UUCCGAUGGAGCGCUCCAACGCAGCAAAGGAUGCCGGAAAAUCAAUUCCAAAUGUCUCAAAUAAUGAAAAUGGAAACACUAAACAAGCUAAACUUUUAAGACAAGCUUCUGCAACACUUGGAAGUGGAAAUUUACGAGAUAUUAUUCUUUUGCCUUAUGGAGAGGAUGAAAAUGAAUGGAUUGCUGCUAAUACUUCCGAUUUUUUUCGACAAGUUUCAAUGCUUUAUGGAAUGAUUUCUGAACAUUGUUCCGAUGAAACAUGUCCUCGGAUGAUUGCUGGGGAAGAAUAUGAAUAUUUUUGGUCAGAUAGUAAAGGAGCAAUAAUGGAACCAUGCCCGGCUAAUGUAUAUAUUGAUUAUAUGUUGAGUUGGGUACAGGAAGAGUUGGACGAUGAAAAUGUUUUUCCUUCACAAAUUGGAAAACCAUUUCCAUCCAAUUUCAAACACAUUGCUCAAACAAUAAUGAAAAGACUUUUUCGUGUCUAUUCCCAUGUUUAUCAUCAACAUUUUAAUUUAAUUGAACAAUUAGCUGCUGUUGCUCAUUUAAAUACUUCUUUUAAACACUUCAUUCUUUUUGCAAAUGAAUUUGAAUUAAUUGAUAAAAAGCAACAAGAACCUCUUGCCGAAUUAAUCGAAAAAUUGGCAUUAAAUAAAAGUAAAUGA